CGCCGCCUGAGGGGACGUGUGUGGCUCUGGUGCAAUUUCCCCUUUCGCUCGGUCGUCUCAGCGCAGGUCUCCGCUGGCUCGCGCCCCCACCCCGGGCGCCCCCCACCGCCCCGGUCGCCCCCACUGCUCCGGCCCCCCGCUUGGGCCCUUCUGCUUCCACCCCCGCCCCGCGGAGUCGUUUUUUCAGGGGCGCCGUGGGUUCACCUGGUAUUUGCAUCUCGCCCUCUAACUUGCCAUUGGCGGCGCGACGUGUGGGAGAGCCUUACGCCUCGCCCGCCCGGACCGGCCUGCCCCCGCGUUGAGGUCAUUCCUGCGGUUGGCCCAGCUCAGCAUGCAGCCUUGAACCUGGCUUAGACCACCACCUACUCCAGCUCUCUACAUCCCCUGUUCUCCUGUGGCUUGGGGCGUAGGCUCUAUCUCCGAGGUCCCUGAACAGCAUCUCUUCAUCAAGAAAAUUCCACAGCUCCAGAGGGCCCUGUGAAUCCUGCUGUCACCUCUGAGAGGACAGCAUGGCUAUUACCCUCCAGCCCAGUGACCUGAUCUUUGAGUUCGCAAGCAACGGGAUGGAUGAUAUACACCAGCUGGAAGACCCCUCAGUAUUCCCCGCUGUGAUCGUGGAGCAGGUACCCUACCCUGAAUUACUGCAUCUGUAUUCAGGCCUGGAGCUGGACGACGUUCACAAUGGCAUCAUAACGGACAGGACCUUGUGCAUGACAGAGGAUCAGGUCCUGGAGGGUAGUUUUAUGCUGGCAGAUGAAAAUGAAGCAACCUCACAAACCAUGUCAACCACUGAAGUCUUGCUCAAUGUUGAGUCUCCCAACAACAUCCUGGAUGAGAAGCAGAUCUUCAGCACCUCCGAGAUUCUUCCAGAUGCAGACACUGCUCCAGCUACCAGUCUGCCCAGCUGCCUGUUUCCUGCCUCUGAGCCCAAUGCCCUGAACAGGGCUGAUGACACUGGUGACCAGGAGGGGCAUUCUCUGGAGGACAAAAUCCCCAGAGAGGAAAGUGCCAAGAAGACUGGAAAAUCAAAGAAGAGAAUCCGGAAGACAAAGGGCAACCGCAGUACCUCACCUGUCACUGACCCCAGUGUCCCCAUACGGAAGAAAUCUAAGGAUGGGAAAGGCAACACCAUCUAUCUGUGGGAGUUCCUCCUGGCACUUCUGCAAGACAGAAACACCUGCCCCAAGUACAUCAAGUGGACCCAGCGAGAGAAAGGCAUCUUCAAGCUGGUGGACUCCAAAGCUGUGUCCAAGCUGUGGGGGAAGCAGAAAAACAAGCCUGACAUGAACUAUGAGACUAUGGGAAGGGCGCUGAGAUAUUACUACCAAAGGGGCAUCCUUGCCAAAGUGGAAGGGCAGAGGCUGGUAUACCAGUUUAAAGAGAUGCCCAAGGACCUGGUGGUGAUCGAAGAUGAGGAUGAGAAAAGUGAAGUGGCGGAGGCAUCCCCUAAGGCCUCUACCUCCUCCACCAGCACUGCCCGGCGAGCCAGCUCCAGGGUCUCAUCCAGAGCCACUCCCCAGAGCAAGGGCAGCCCUCCCUGGGAAAAGCCGAAGGUUCAGCAGGUCGGUCUACAGCCAUCAGCAAGUCUGGAAUUGGGACUGUCUUUAGAUGAGGAGAUCCCCACUACCUCCACUGUGCUUGUCUCUCCACCAGAGGGCCAGGCCAAACUCACCAAAGCUGCAAGUGCUUCUUCAGUGCCCAGCAACAUCCAUCUAGGAGUGGCCCCUGUGGGGUCAGCCUCUGCCUUGACCCUUCAGACAAUCCCUCUGACCACAGUGCUAACCAAUGGCCCUCCUGCUAGUACUACUGCUUCAACUCAGCUCGUUCUCCAGAGUGUUCCGCCGGCUUCGACCUUCAAGGACACCUUCACUUUGCAGGCCUCCUUCCCCCUGAACACCAGUUUCCAAGAGAGCCAGGUGGCAGCACCAGGAACUCCACUGAUUCUCAGUGGCCUCCCCCAGCUUCUGACUGGGGCCAACCGUUCAACCAAUCCAACCGCACCCUCCGUCACAGGGGCUGGAGCGGCGGGGCCCAGCUCUCAGCCCCCUGGGACUGUCAUUGCUGCCUUCAUCAGGACUUCCGGUGCCACAGCAGCCCCUGGGGUCAAGGAUGGGCCACUGAGAUCCUCCUCUUAUGUGCAGGGUGUGGUGACUGGGGCCCCCAUGGAGGGGCUACUGGUUCCUGAAGAGACCCUGAGGGAGCUUCUGAGAGAUCAAGCUCACCUUCAGCCACUUCCAACCCACAUGGUUUCAAGGGGCUCCCACAACCCAAGUCUUCUGGGAAACCAGACUUUGUCUCCUCCCAGCUGCCCCACUGUUGGGCUGACCCCGGUGGCUGAACUUGAGCUCUCCUCAGGCUCAGGGUCCCUGAUUAUGGCUGAGCCUAGUGUGACCACAUCUGGAAGCCUACUGACUAGAUCCUCAACCCCAGCUUCCUUCUCUCCAUUCAACCCCACUUCCCUCAUUAAGAUGGAGCCCCAUAACAUAUAGAUAGAGGGGCCAGGGAAGUGUGACCUACCAGGCAAAGCUGAGUAUCAUUUUCAUGUGGACUGACUCUAGCAGAGUCUGACUUAAGUAGCUCACCAGCCCUUACAUUUUAGUGGAAUGUCAAUACACCAGACUCCCCCAUCCCCCACCCCUGCCUGACGUCACCAUGGUCAAUCAAGUCUUGCCCAGUUUGAGCAUCCCUGGCAUCAGACCAUGGCCUUCAAGAGCACUAGGGGGUAUGCUCUUGUCAGGGCAAUGGGCUGAUGUGGCAAUGGAGGGAUAAGCUCCGGAGAAGUUGGUGGCCAGGGCAGGUGCAGGGGCUUUGUGGGAAGAGCCAUUUUUGCCUGGGUGUAUUUCACUAUAUGUUCCCUCAGCAGGGAAGUUACUAUCUCACAUGUGAAUAUUUCCUUAUGUAUUUUGUGUACUCAUGGGUCUGUAUCUUCAUUUCUUUGCAGAGGACAAGAGGGCACUAUAAGGUUUCUAAGAACAUGUGUCUCUCUGUGGGUCAGCCACAGAGAUGAGGAUUUGUUUUCAGGAAAAGUGUUCUCUAGUUCCCUUUGUACAAACCAAGAUUCAGUUGUUCUGAGACUCUGGAGUGCAGGUUGGAUCCCCAGAUCUGUAGAAAUGUCAGAGCUGGAGCAGGUCCUGCGUAGAAGAGCUUCAACUGGUGUGUGUGCGUAUGUUGAAGCAACUACAGUUCUAAGGGACAGGAGAAAGCCAAGUGGGCUAAAAGCAUGAAGAGAGGAGAGGGUACUGAGCCCUGGGGAGCAGCCCUCCAGCCUAGACUGAGGCCUCCUUUCUGGCAUUGGCUUCAUUGCCUGCCAGUCACUGGACAGCAUGUUUGGAACCUUGGCCACCACAGAAGGCUGUGCUUGAAGAGUUAGGGGCCGAGUGUCCCUCCAAGGGUAGACCUGGCCACCAAGUCCUCAGGCAGGGCUGAGUUCAUUGAAUGUUUGCACUGAGGGCUUGGGGCUGUGAGACCAGUGUUUGUGCCUAGCCUACACCCUGAAUCCUGGGUUCUCUCUUGUUUAAUGUCGCUCCUGAUAGUUUCCUGCAGUCAGGAAUUGCUGGGGAUGGUUGAUUAGCAAAGUAGAUCGGAUCUGCCUCCAUUACUGCUCAUGUGUGCCUGCCGCUCAGCCAGCCUUUUACUUACCUCAUUAGUUUGCCAACCCACUCGCCCCUUCCAUGGCUACAGCAGACGUUCACAUAGACUGUUACCCCUCUUCAAUUUUCGCACCUGACCCUGAUUCCUUUUUCACCAAGGAGACAGGAGCCAGCAGAUGUGAGCUCCCAUGGCACUUCUGUCUCUGCACAGCUUCUUGCUUCCCUCUUCCCUCUUUCUAAGGAAGGGCCCACUGAUUCUCUCUUAAAGUCAACUCCUCCACCUAGGGCCUGGAUCUCCUCCCCUCUCCCUUGUUUGAAAUAAGCUUGCUCCUCUCCUGCCAAGUGUAGGGGGCAAAGCUAAGAGCUAAAACAUGUCAGCCUCGGAAACAGUUACGGUAUCUGGUGAAUUUGGUUAAUGUGAAUCAGUGCCUCAGGACCUUUGCUAUGUCCGUGGUGAAAAACCAUCCACUUGAUCUACCUCCCCAGGUUGCUUUUCUCUUCUUUUGGUCACUGCCAAGCCUACUAUCAUCCUCUCCCACUCUCUUGUUUUUCCCUUGCGGGGGGGGGGAGCAUAUACAGUUGUGCAGGUGUAUUUAUUACAUGUCUCCAGCACUUGGCAUUAAAGUUUCUUUUUCUAAUAAAUCAGUUUAUUAAGACAAUUAUCCUGAUGGUAGAAAGUAAAGCAUCUUGAGAAAGCCA